GGUGUUUAAGACGCUAGGUCCACCUCCAAGACACCGGGUCUUCCUGAGCACUCUGCUCCUCAUCCGGGAUCUCUGGUCAAGGGUUUUUUGGGGGACCUCUUAACUUCUAAUAUUUAACAUGGCACCAAAGAAGGAUGCUAAGAAAGCUGCACCCGCAGCCGCACCAGCGCCGGCACCAGAACCCGCCCCAGAACCAGCAAAACCCAAAGAACCAGCCAUCGACCUCUCCAGCAUCAAGAUUGAGUUCUCCAGGGAACAACAGGAUGACUUCAAGGAGGCCUUCCUCCUCUUCGAUAGAACCGGUGAAAGCAAGAUCACUCUCAGCCAGGUCGGAGAUGUCAUCCGUGCCCUGGGACAGAACCCCACCAACGCUGAAGUCAAGAAAAUCCUGGGGGACCCCAGCAACGAGGAGAUGAAUGCUAAGAAAAUUGGCUUCGACGAGUUCCUGCCGAUGCUUCAGGCAGCUGCCAACAACAAGGACCAGGGGGGCUUUGAAGACUUCGUUGAGGGUCUGCGUGUCUUCGACAAGGAGGGCAAUGGGACUGUGAUGGGUGCUGAGCUCCGCCACGUACUGGCCACCCUGGGUGAGAAGAUGAGGGAAGAAGAUGUAGAAGAACUGUUGAAAGGGCAGGAAGACUCCAACGGCUGCAUCAAUUAUGAGGCAUUUGUGAGGCACAUCAUGUCUGUCUAAAUGGACUUCUUAUGAUACACACAGUUCGAGUAAGAUGAGAAGAUAACUUGAUAUUCUUGGAUCUAUGACUCUUCGACUCAAUCCACUUCCAUCAUUCUGGAAUCUAAAAGAGACUGUAUUAUCUGCCUCCAAACCAUGCCCCCCAUUAAAGCCAUCCAUGCGAGACAUCUAUCAAAUCUCAACAUUUUUACACCUCACAGCUAAAACACUUGUUGAGCCAAGUGGGAAAAACUACUUUGCCACAGCUGUCCAGCCCAAUAGCCUUUCUUCUGUGUUUUGUUCACCAUGAAACCAACGUGACGUUCCAGGUGGGGGGAAAGAGCAUAACAGAAUAAAUCUCUGUGGUCAGUGAAAGGUUGUACACUAACCUGAUCAAAUCCAAAUUAAACCAUAAUUGAAGUCUGAA